GUCCAACUAGGAUACACAUCAUAUUAAAAAUUUUGACUUUUCCAAAUUGAAUUUCUUCCCCUUGACCAACUCGAAGACUUUUCAAAUGAAAAGGACAUCAAGAACACACAUACAUAAAUUGACACCCAAAUUUCCCUCUUGGUCACACCAUUUUUCAAUUAUCAAACCACAAAUUUACAUCCAAUUUCUCUCCCCAAAAAUAAGAAACCCUUUACUCAUUUGAAAGGUUUUGAUCUCAAAUUCCCUAUGAGUCGCCGCGCGGUUAUGCAGAUGUCGAGGGUGAUCAUCGUGCAAAGCCCACAACAAAAAUUUUCCACCGAUAUCUUCAAGACGGCCUCAAACAUUACUACAAACGGCACUUUUCGAAACUCCAUUCCCAAGUUCGCUAGCAACGAGUUUCUCGGAGUUAGGUAUUGGAGCUCGACGAGUCGUAAGGUAGCUAGCCACGAAGAACGAGCCCAAGAACCAAAGCCGAACUCCGACGAAGAAAACACCGCUAGUCAGGGCAGCAAUCGGGCCGUCGUGAGCAGCUAUUGGGGGGUGGCACCGCCCAAUAUAGCCGGUGAAGAUGGCUCUCCAUGGCGGUGGAAUUGUUUCAGGCCAUGGGAGACAUACAAAGCGGACACCUCAAUUGAUGUCAAGAAGCACCAUGAGGCCAACACAUUCAUGGACAAGUUUGCCUAUUGGACUGUCCAAACUCUCAAGUACCCCACAUACUUGUUCUUUCAGAGACGCCACAUUUGCCACGCAAUGCUCCUAGAGACAGUUGCGGCCGUGCCUGGGAUGGUUGGCGGCAUGCUCCUCCACCUGAGGUCCCUCCGGAAAUUCGAGCACAGCGGAGGUUGGAUCAAAGCCCUACUUGAGGAGGCCGAAAACGAGCGCAUGCACCUCAUGACCUUCUUGGAGGUCUCCCGGCCCAAAUGGUACGAACGGGCCCUCGUCUUUGCCGUGCAGGGCGUGUUUUUCAACGCUUAUUUCUUGGCCUAUUUAGCGUCUCCCAAGCUGGCCCACCGGAUAGUGGGCUACCUUGAGGAAGAGGCGGUCAACUCGUACACCGAGUUUUUGGUUGACUUGGAAAAGGGACUUGUCGAGAAUGGGCCGGCGCCAGCUAUUGCGAUCGACUACUGGCGGCUGGCGCCGAAUUCGACGUUGAAGGAUGUUGUCACGGUGAUUAGGGCUGAUGAGGCGCAUCAUCGGGACCUCAAUCACUUCGCAUCGGAUAUACAGUGUCAAGGGCAUGAGCUGAAGGAAUAUCCAGCACCUCUUGGAUACCACUGAAUACUAGAGGCAAAUGAUAGAGCUCUAAAGGGAAUUAAUUUCGGACAAUUUAUUCAAUUAAUUUUCAACACAAGUUGUCGUAUUGCUGUGGAUCUGUGGUGGUUAUAUUUAUGAUGCAUUAUCUUGUUCUCCAUGUAAUUAUUAAGUUUGAUUUGUGGAAACUAUUUUGUUCUACAUUGUAAUUUCUUAUCCAAAUAAUUCAAUCAAUAAUUUUAGUUCUGCAAUAAAUGUCUUGUUUUCCAAUUUAGAAGAUGAAUUAUACACCAUCAUUAUUGUAGCAUUUGAUCAUAAGUUCAAUAAAACCUAAUUUCCUAAAGGAACUAAGAUUCAUAUGAUGCCUUUCCCAUUAUAGGAUUUGGGAGAUUUUAUUUUUCCAACUAGAUUUCACUAAACACAAGACAAAACACUACAAACAAUCGAAAACUCAAGACCCGACAUGACAACACACAAAGAUCAUGACAGCCACGAAGAAAACGGGACCCAACCAUCGCCCCUCGUCUAACGAGACCCAUUGAAGCAAGAAAAAAACGAGCAGCAGCAAACAACCCCACCCGAGCUCUUCCCCAUUCCCUCCAAAAAAAGUCGAGCACUUAGUAGCUAUAUACGCGGCUAAUAUCAACACAAGAGGACCAAAAAGCAUUGUGGAGAUCAUGUACACGACAAAAAGUAUAGCAAGAGGCAACACGAACGUAUAACCGAGCGCCAAAAAAGGUACGAACAAAAAGCACGUGAAAAUUACGUUUUCAGCCUCGGAGGCAUUCAGGAGAUUGAGGCUCAACGGAAAGGAGUUGCCACGGAGAACGAGGCCAGUGGCCGCCACUAAGAGGAGCGGGAUUAGCGGAGAUGGGCUGCUUUUGGCCAUUUUUUUUUUUUUUCAAAACGGUGAGCUGAACUUGAGUUUGAGAACUUGAGAUGCGAUGUGAUUUAUGCUAAUUGGCAAUGGUAAGUUGAAGGUCAGAUUUUUUUUGUAAAUGGUUAGUUGUGUUUAAAUAUUGCUAAAAAUUGGUGGGGGCUUGUUUUCAGUUGCUUUUUUGGUUAACCAACCUCUCUAUAGUUUGGUGCUACUAAUAGUUCAUAUUAGUUCAAAAUAAUGAAAAAUCAUAUAACUGAAAUAGGCAUGAAGUUUAAUAUAGAAAAUAUAGAUUUUUUUCUGUUGGUCAAAUGUAUGAUUGUCUCCGAUUAAUUUACAGUUUUAAUGGAGCAAUCAGAUCGAACAACUUGUAGAUUCAUCCACAAUAAUUAAUAAAUAGUGUAUUGACACG